AUGGCGGAUGGUGAACCAGAUUUCUCCUCCUUGCCGUUACCUGACCGGUUCGCCCAUAAGAACUGGAAAGUCCGCAAGGAAGGAUAUGAAGAUGCCAAAGCACAAUUUGAAAAGACACCCGAUGAAUCAGCUGCCGUAUUUACACCAUUCUUACAAGACCCCGGUUUGUGGAAAGGGGCCGUCGCGGACUCCAACGUCGCCGCGCAGGUGGAGGGUUUGGGCGCAUACUGUGCGUUCUUGAAAUUCGGAGGCGUACAAGCAUGUACAAGAACUCGCAAUCUCACUAUCGGCCCUAUUUCGGAAAAAGGUCUACCGUGUGCCAGACCAGCUGGUAAAGCCAGCGCCCAAGAAGCUCUUCUAUUAUGCGUCGAAUUAGAUAAAGCCGAUCCUGUCCUCGAAGACCUUUUGCCUACAUUAUCACACAAAGUACCCAAGGUGGCUGCUGCUACUUUGAAUGCUUUAGCGCUCAUUUAUCAUAACUUUGGAUGUAAGAUUGUGGAUCCGAAGCCGACACUGAAGGCUUUAACUAAGGUGUUCGGCCAUGCGGACAAAAAUGUGCGCGCCGAGGCGCAAGCUCUCACUGUGGAGAUGUAUCGAUGGCUUCGUGAGGCUAUGAAACCACUCUUCUGGGGUGACUUGAAGCCGGUCCAACAGCAGGAUCUCGAGAAAUUGUUCGAGGCUGUGAAGCAAGAGCCAACACCAAAGCAAGAACGAUUCACUCGUGCCCAGCAAGAUGCGAUGGCUGAGGCUAGCGCAGCUCCGUCGGGCGGUGGUGGUGGUGAAGAAGAGGAAGAGGAAUUUGCUGAAGAUGAAGAGCCCGAAGUUCUCGACCUUGCAGAACCUGUCGAUGUUCUGCCGAAGGUGGCUAAAGACUUCCAUGACCAACUAGCAUCAUCAAAAUGGAAGGACCGCAAAGAAGCGUUAGAUGCAUUCCACAAUGUGAUCAAUGUUCCUCGGAUUCAGGAUGGGCCAUAUGAUGAGAUCGUGAGGGUUUUGGCCAAAUGCAUGAAAGAUGCCAAUGUUGCAGUGGUGACGGUGGCUGCUAACUGUGUCGAUCUCCUGGCAAGGGGCUUGCGCAGCUCUUUCAUGAAAUACCGAGCCACUAUCAUGGUGCCUAUGCUGGAGCGUCUUAAGGAGAAGAAACAGACCGUUGCCGAUGCUUUGGGUGGAGCACUGGACGCCGUGUUCUUGUCAACAGAUCUUUCGGACUGCCUAGAGGACAUUCUGGAAUAUCUCAAGCACAAAAACCCUCAAGUGAAGCAGGAGACAGUUAAGUUUUUGAUCCGCUGUCUUCGUAACACUAGAAUUGUUCCAGCCAAACCGGAGGUCAAGUCCAUCGCCGAUGCAGGCACCAAGCUCCUGACCGAGUCCACGGAAGGUAUUCGCGCCGGUGGUGCAGAAAUCCUUGGUACUCUUAUGAAGAUCAUGGGCGAAAGGGCUAUGAAUCCCUACCUUGAUGGACUGGACGAAAUUCGAAAAACUAAGAUCAAGGAAUUCUUUGAGACUGCCGAAGUUAAGGCCAAGGAUCGGCCCAAGCCAAUUGUGGCACCUCCCAAGCCCGCUCCGGCAGCGAGAAAGGCCAUGCCUGGAAAGAAGCCAAUGGGCCUGAAGAAACCGGCUCCUGCUGCCGCGCCUCCGGUAGAGGAUCCCCCACCUAAGGCGGCUCCUAGAGGUAUACCCUCGAAGCUCGGUGGCAUACCAAAGUCUGGUGGUCUCGCUCCCCCUGGCUCGAAGCUCCGAAGCAAACUCGGUGGUCCAGGAGGCAUAGCCUCACCAGUGAGACGAGCUGCUCCUCCCCCAAUGGAGGAAGAUGUCCCCCCUCCAGCUGCACCAAAAUUUGGCCUCGGUCGCGGUCUGGCUGGUCGCCCCAUCGCAAAGCCCUCGGCAGCAGCUGAGUCGGCUCCUGCCCCCGCUCCGGCCAUGAGUGGUAUCUCAGCGGCAGAACGUGCUGAGCUUGAAGAGCUCCGCGAUGAGAAGGAGAGGUUUGCUCGAACCAUUGAGGAAAUGAAGUCUGAGCGUUCCAAAUUUAACAAUCAAAUUACCGAGCUUCAGAACCAAAAUGCUCAGCUGAUUGAAGAUCACACUAGAGAUGUCUUGAGCAUCAAAGCAAAGGAGACUCAGCUGGUUCGUGCACGAAGUGAUGCAGAAGCUGCUGAGGCCAAUGUUCAAAAGCAACAGCGGGAGAUUGAACGGUUGAAGCGUGAGUUGGCACGAGCCCUUCGAGCAACUGCAAUGAGCCCGCCCCAUGGAUCAUCAGAAAGUGGUAGCAUGGGCUUCUCGGAACACACAUCAAUCUAUCAUGAAGCCUCUGGUGGAACUCCCUCAGCGGCACGAUCUAACCUCCAUUUGGGAUCUCGGUUUGAGAGCUCCCGGCCUAGGAGCUAUACCUCAGCCAGUCCGAGUGAAGAGAAAGAAAACAAUGGCUACGAAUCUCCAGGUCUCAGCAGCCGAGAUGGUGGCCUUGGCCGACGCAAGUUGAGUCCGAGCUACGGCUACUCGGCCGUUGGAAGCCCAACCCGCUCAUCAACUCGAAACUCCACCAACCACAAUGAUGAGGACCAAAUGCCGCGGUCAUCGGAGCCUGCAGAAAAUUGGAAGCGGGCUGCCGAGGUGACUAGUCAGCUCAAGGCACGAAUUGAACAAAUGAAGGCCCGGCAAGGACUCACACGACCUCCCCCUCAACGUUAA